AUGUUGGAAAACUAUGCUUUAAUACUUUAUAAAGAAAAAUAUUCUUGGUUGACAUCAAUUCUAGAUAAAGAUUGUAAUACGUUAUUGAAAACGAUACAAAAUCGUAAACUACUUGAUCCAUUUCUUAUCGAUCAAUCAGAAGAUUUGACAAUACUCAUCAGUGUUGAACAUCAUCGUAUACGUGAAGCAAAAAAUUCAAUUCAAAAUCAACAGAAAGAUUUGCGACUUUUUGCUGCAUCCAUAUCCCUUGCUCGUCUUUUACAAGCUCAACACCGUUGUCGUACAAACCCUCCGACAAAUACUAUUCUUAUCGAUUCUACGGAGAGCAAAGCAGUAUAUUUUACAAUAACAAAUAUACUUGAUUCAGUUUUACGAAUCUUUGCUUUAAGCUUUAUAAUAGAUAUGAAAGAUCCGUUAAUAUUUGAUGAAGAACAAAGAGAUCAAUUGCAACGUGAAAUGACUACUGAAUUACAAUCUCUGCUACCACAUGUCUCAUUACUAACAGCAACUAUUUUAUUUAUUCGAUGUUACAAUAUAUGUUCUCAACAGAUGGCUAAUAUAAUCGUUGAAAAAUUUAGAAAUGAAUCACUUAACAAACAAAGUCAAAUUGAAGAAGCAGUAUUCAUUGCAUUGAGACAACUCAAAAAUUCAAAUCUUUCACAUUGUUUAUCAGAGUUUGCUAAACGAAAAGAUAAUUUAUCUGAUCUACUUCAAUUAAAUUCAACAAUAUUCUUUCACUAUUUUAAUAAAACAAUAUCAUUCGAUUCAUCGAAUAAUAUUCUUCUAUCUUUGAUGUAUCUAUUUGAAUUGACUUUUGAUGCUGAAAUUCUUAGGAUGUAUGUAAAAGAUAAUCAUAGAAAUGAUAUUUUACCUUUGAAAGAACUAAAACAAUUAUGGAAUGAAUCGUCAAAAGAGAAGAAAAUUAUGACAUAUAAACUUGCAAUAUGGAUUACGAAUAAUUUACAAAUGUUAAAUAAACAAGAUCUUCAUCAGAUUAUACAAGAUAUAUCUCAAUGUUCGAUGAUAGAAAGAAAAGCUCUUGUAGUAAUUGAGAAACGGCUCGACUAUCGAAUGGAUAAAGUUCUGAAAGUUUUUGCAUACUAUGCUGCAUUACAAUUGUUUAUUGAAGGUUCAAAUAUUCCAGAUUUGAUCGAUAUCAUAAAUGAGAUAUUUUAUAAUAAUGAUAAAUUCAAUUGGAAAUCAAUUAUUGAAAAUUUGAUUAGUUCUCGACUUGUUAAUUCAAAUAUUGUUCGUCAAAUUUUAAUCGCAUUACAUAAAAAUAUUCAUCGUUAUUCGAACUUUUCUAUUUCGAUUUCUUGUAAAGAAAUGUUUGAAUUAUUUCUCAAUUUAGAACUAAAAAGAGUUAUUUCAAAUGUACAUGAAUCAUCUAAAGUUUUAUUUAAUUCAUUUUUAUCAAUGAUUAGUUAUUGUUCAGCAGAUUUGAAACUUUAUCUUGUAAAAAAUUUUCGCUUAUAUUUAAACUUUCAAUCUAAAUUCGAAAAUACUAUUAAAGAUGAAUAUUUUGCUGUUAUUAUCAAAUGGAUGAAUAAAAAUUUAAAUUGUUGUAAUACCGAUGAUUUUUUAAUAGAAUUAUACAAAUACAUUAUUACACUUCCAGAUGUUAAACAAUUUCCUCUAGUUUGUAAGAGUACGCUUUUGCAAGAUGAUAUAAUCAUUGAAUUGGAGAAAAUGAUUUAUUCUUCGUAUACAUGCUCAGAAGAUAUUUUAGCUGUUUGUUUAUUAGCUUAUGGUAAUUGUUUAAUUAAGUUACAUGAACUUGAAAUGAGUCGAAAUGUGUCAAUUGAGAUGAAAAAUAUUCUUACUAUUAUUUCUGAAAGAUCAUCAUCAUCAUCAUCAUCAGAAUAUUUUCAUUUUGAAUCUUCUUUAUUUUAUCCAUGUAUUCUUUAA